AUCAGUAAAUCCUAAAUCCUAAUCACUCAUUCACUCUUCGUCUCUUCUCCCCAGCGAAAGCCGACAGCGAGCACUCUCCGAGCAGGCAGGCGGAGCUGCCGGAGCAGCGACGAGAUCGGCCUAGCGACGCAGCCCUCUGGUCUCUGGCAACCAGUCCCAGCGAGCAGCCCUCCAGCAGGUAAUGUAGUGAAAUGUAGUUCAGAGAGAUGAGGUUAUCUGAUUUCUAGGAUGUAAAGGAAUGUAGGCCAAAUUGCAAUUAAUAAUAUUGAUGGCUUUGUGUAUGAGAGGGUCAAUAUGUGGCUGCCAAAAUUGAGCUUCUGCGGGAAGCAGAGAUGGCAGCCAUCCCCAGUUGGUUCCUUGUCCAACUCUGCUUUGCCUCACCAACCACCUCAUCCUCCAUUAAAACCACUACGAACCUUACUCGUCUUUCUUUACUUUCUCCUAUUAAUAAACACCAUAUUUUUCACAAUUUAUGCUAUUAACACGCCCCGCCUAUCCCCACUGGCCUAAGGAGCUGGCCCCCUUGAGGCCCGCAUUUUGGCGGGCCCGUCCCGCCAGCCAGCAUUGACAUCUCUAAGUGGAACCUUCUUAGAAUUCUGAUUCUGGUUCACCAUUUUCUGAAACAUGGAGCUGCCGGUUUGAAACCGGAAUCCAAAUCGAAGGAUAAAAAUGCUAUUUUUCAUUUUAAAUUUAUUACUCAAUUUUGGUUCAAUUUCUUGAAGUUUGAUUUACCGCAAAGUCCAUAACCCCUAUAUAAAGUUGUAUUAUUGAUAUGAGUGAAGUUUACCUUGUGACACUAGACAUUCUCUGAGUUGAAUUUGAAACUUUGUGUUUACCAAGACAAUUGUUCCACUAACUUGACUGAGUUGUCCCGAGUUCUUGAACUAUAUGUGAGAUUAUUAAUUAUUAAUUAUAUAAAUCAUUUAAAAACCAUAGGGAGUCCGUAAAGAAAAGAGAUUUGUAACCUUUGUACUCUCCGGCUGCUUGCCCUCUCCCUAACUCCCUAUCAUAGACCCAGACUGUAGUUCUCCGUCUCCGGUGUCCGCUCCCUUUUCUGUCAAUCUCCUUGGAAGUCGGAAGCAGUCACCAGCGCCGAUUGCUAGGGAAACUUCAAGCACUCAAGCUACUCGAAUUGCAGCUCUUCAAACACUGAAGCAUCAACUCCUUUGCUAAUCGUUGCAAAACUCUUCACCGGUGUGGCAGUGUCGUGCUUUAGUGCUUUGCCACAGCCUUGGAUGGUCUUACCAGAAAAUGCGGCAGUGACAAGAAUAUUGGUGAUAGCGGGUUCUCUCUUCACCUGGAUUCAAACACCUCUCUGUCGAGUUUUCUUGAUGCUUUAUUUUUAGCUGCACAAGCUUUCAUAUCAGAAAUGCUAUGGAGAUCCAAAUGCCUCUUAGUCAGGCUUUCAUAUCAAUCAACCAAAACCCAAUUUCUCUCCUCAAUUCACAGUCUCUAUCCACCCAUUGAUUAUCCAGUCAACAUUCAUCAAAGUUCUUCCUCCACCGAGCAUUUCUGCAAAGCUCCAGCGACUUACAGAAUCAUCCUCACCCCACAGGUUGUAGAAUCCACUCUUCUGAAUUGCCAUUCUGAUCUGAUUUCUCUUUGCUUCUUCUUAUGGUGUGCUAAACAACCAAAUUACUUUCAUCAAAAGGGAGCUUUUGCACACAUGGUGAAUGUAGUCUCUCGACUCACUCAGAGGUUCAGAACAUUGAAAGGACUUCUUGAUGAGUUGGAGAAUGUGGGUUCUGUGAUAAAGGCAGGGGAUUUAUUGCUGUUUUUGAGAAUUUAUUGGUUUGGAGGAAUGCACAGUAUGGUUUUCAUGACUUUUGAGGAGAUGCUUAGGUAUGGGUACACACCAAACACGUUUGCUAGGAACAUACUGAUGGAUGUGCUGUUCAAGAUUGGGCGUGUAGGUAUAGCACUUCAAGUUUUGAAGGAGACCCAGGUCCCUAAUUUCUUAACUUUUAGCACUGCUGUGUAUCAUUUGUGCAAACUCAAGGAUUUGGUUAAUCUCCAAGGUGUACUUAGGAGCAUGUUGAGGAAAGGCUAUUAUCUUAAACCUGAGACAUUUUCAUUCGUUUUGAGUUGUUAUUGUAAAUUAGGUCAGUUAGCAGAGGCUACACAAUUGUUGGGUCUUAUGAUUGUCUUGGGCAUUCCUACCUCUGUGCGUGUUUGGAGUAUAUUAAUUGAUGGAUAUUCUAAGUCUGGCAGGCUUGAUAUUGCUGAUUAUUUGCUAGCUAAGAUGAUUGCUGGUGGAUGUACCCCAAAUAUUGUAGCAUGCACCUCUCUAAUCAAGGGAUAUUUAGAAUCUCAGAUGACUAGCAAGGCAUUUGAGAUCUUAGCAGCUAUGGAAUCUAAGGGAUGCUACCCUGAUUUGGUUAUGUGCAAUGUACUUAUAGAUUGUCUCUCAAAAAUAGGGAGUUAUGAUGAUGCAAUUGAUGUUUUCUGUAGUUUAACUGAGCGGGGAUUGACCCCUGAUUCUUAUACACUUUCCUCUAUAAUGUCAACCAUUUGUUUGUCUAAGGAAUUCAUCCUCUUACCUAUACUGAUCAGUGGACUAGACAUAACUGCUGAUUUAGUUGUGUGUAACUCCUUUCUGAGCUAUUUUUGCAAAGCUGGUUAUCCUGCUGGUGCUGUUGAGUUUUACAAUGACAUUAUAGAUAGAGGUUUUCAACCAGAUAAGUAUACUUUUACUGGAUUAUUGAGUGGGUUAUGCAGAUUAGGUAAGACUAGUCAAGCAGUUAACGUUUAUUGGGGAAUUGUAAAGUCUCAACAUGGACUUGAUGCUCAUAUUCACACUGUGAUCAUUAAUGAGCUUAUAAAGUGUGGUGAAUUUCAUCAGGCUAUCAGAUUAUUCAGGAAAGCUGUAGCAGAGAAGUUCCAGCUUGAUGUUGUUUCCUAUACGGUUGCCCUUGAUGGGCUCCUCAAAGGUGGCCUUGUUGGAGAUGCUUAUAUUUUGUUUAAUGAGAUGAAGGAAAUUGGUUUGGCUCCAAAUAUACACACCUACAAUUUGAUGCUAUCAAGAGCAUGUAAAGAUGGAGAUGUUAGAAUGAUUAAAAAGAUACUUCUUGAAAUUAAUGAUAGAGGGCUUCGGUUUAACCAUAUUACUUUCAGAUUGAUGAAGAAACUUCUGCACAAAUCACAUCAUUCUAGUCUUGUAUUUAAUCUAUUCAUGGAGUUGUGGGAUUCUGGAUUGCUACCUAGGAAUAUACAGAGACUUGUGUUUGAUAAAGCUAAUUGUUAUCUAAAUGUGAAGGAUGCACAUAUAGAUAACCCCUUGCUUGUUCUUGAUACUGAUACUGAUACAUCUAGCUCUGAAGACAUCCCUGAUGUGGCUGUUUCAGUGGGUUGAUGGUAACUCAAACAAAAAUCUAUAGAAGCAUGCAAUUGGGGUUGGAGAGCAGAAAAGCAUUCUAUCCCUAGAGCCCAACAACAUGAAGUUUCAAUUGGUUCCCCAAGAUACAUUGCUUCUGAGCAAGUGCCUGUUCAAUAUGGUGGCUUUAGCCGAGAAGGUGAUUAUGAGUUCUCAACUGCUGACCCUGCAACCGAGGAUGCAAUCAAGCCUACUUCUAAGCACACAAUCUAAUUGCCUGUUACUUAGGAUUGCAGUUUGGUUUGGUAAGUGAGAGUGAUGGGCUGGGGCGUCUCCUAUGGAUCAAAGUUUUUGCUGGCUAAUGAAGGCGUGUACACCAUCAUCGUCAAGAAAUGAAGGAAGACUGGAUCGGCCAAUAAGACGAUAAAUUGGCAACAUAUACAAUUCAGAGGGUGCAGGAAAGGUAGUGCUAACAUUUGACAACCAGACUUCUUAAGGGAAGAAGCUUCUCUACAGGAACAAGAAAGCCUUCUGAUUGAAACACCAGCUGCCUGAUUUCUUUCCCUGCUGCUUCAUCAACUUCUAUCUAAAAGGGUUCUUUUCUUUCUCUAUGGAAUUUUUUCAUUCUUUUCUCUUAUAAAUUUAAUUUUAUGGUCUGUCAUAUGUUAUAAAUAUUUGUUGCAAAUUUUUUUUUUUCUUUCAAGAGGGGGGUAUUGUCAUUUGAAUUGUUCUUUAUACAUAGAUGGGAACAAAAAUUUUGAGAAUGCCUGGAGCCUUGGAUGAAGGGAGAAUUUCAGAGAAAAAAAAAAUAUACACAGCUACUGUAUUGAAAGGAGCAAACACUUGUGAUAUGGUAUGAGUAUAUUGUCUUAGAAGCUUUAAUGCUGAUACUCGGCGUAGUACUAAUUAUCUUGUUGUAGGCUUGUAACCUCCGAUAGCCUGUUUGGUUCACGAAAAAUAUUUGAGGGAUUAAAUUUAAAUUUUAUGGAAAGAAAUUAAGAAGAUUGAUUUCAUU